GGGCAGGAACAGCUCUCCUGUUCCGAGGGACCCUCGAGGCGAUGCAGAGCGCGCCAGGUGGGCGGAGCUGCUCGGGUACUUAGCGCUGUUGCCCUGUGCCUGCCGGCGCUGCUGCAAUCUCCGCUCCUUCUGGGAACAAUGGGUGAUCGCAGGCGAGUUCUGGGCUGCCUGGCUCUCCUGAGCCUCCUCGGCUUAAACAUAUUUGAAAAUUGCUGUGAAGCAUAUAAUAUUGGCCUUGAAGGAGCUAAAGUGUUUUCUGGUUCCCGAAAUGAACAAUUUGGAUAUUUAGUUCAACAGAUUACAAACCAAAAAGGCAAAUGGUUGCUUGUUUCUUCACCUUGGAGUGAAAAUAGAAUGGGAGAUAUCUAUAAAUGUGCUGUUCAUCAACAGGGAUCCAAAUGUUCAAAGAUGGACCUACAGACUGUUACAAGCAUACCAAAUGUUAAUGAGAUAAAGAAGGACAUGAAUCUAGGGUUAACUCUAGUAAGAAAUCAAAGAACUGGAGGCUUUUUGGCUUGUGGUCCUUUGUGGGCUCAACAGUGUGGAAGCCAGUACUAUGCAACAGGAAUCUGUUCUGAAUUUGAUCCCAGUUUUCAGAUCCUCAGAAGUUUUUCACCUGCAGUGCAAAACUGUUCUUCAGCCAUUGAUGUGGUGAUCAUAUGUGAUGCGUCAUAUAGUAUUUAUCCAUGGGAAGCUGUGAAAAACUUUUUGAAAAAAUUUGUUCAAGGUUUAGAUAUAGGGCCAACAAAAACACAGGUAGGCUUAAUUCAGUAUGGCGUUUACCCAACAGUUGUUUUCAACCUGAAUACCUACACUGACAAAAAAGCUGUUGAACAAGCAAUGUCAGAAACCAUUCAAAAUGGAGGUGCGGAAACUAAUACAUUCCAAGCCAUUGAAUAUGCCAGACAACAUGCUUUCACAAAACAAGCAGGUGGGAGACCAACAGCCUCAAAGGUCAUGGUGGUUGUCACAGAUGGUGAAUCGCAUGAUGGCUCAAAGUUGCCAGAAGUAAUAGCUAAAUGCAAUGCAGAUAAUAUUACAAGGUUUGGGAUAGCCGUAUUAGGAUAUUUAAUUAGAAAUUUUAUGGAUACUGAAAAACUUAUCAAAGAAAUCAAAGCAAUUGCUAGCCACCCUACAUCAAAAUAUUUUUUUAAUGUGUCCUCUGAGGAAGCUCUUUUAGAACAAGCAGGAACACUUGGGGAACGAAUUUUCAGCUUGGAAGGCACUGAUCAAGGUGAUUUAUUCCAGAUGGAAAUGUCACAAGUGGGUUUCAGUGCUUCUUAUUCACAUCAAAAGGAAGUGCUCAUGUUGGGUGCUGUUGGAGCCUAUGAAUGGACUGGAACAGUGGUCCAGAAGAGAGGAGAAAAAGACAUUAUAUUUCCCAAUACAACAUUUCAAAAUGUUUUGCAAAACAGUCAGAAUUCCUACUUAGGUUAUUCUCUCGCUGUUCUUUCCAUGGAAAACUCAGUCUAUUUUGUUGCUGGUGCUCCCCGUUCCAAUUACACUGGCAGAGUUGUGGUGUAUGAGGUUGAUGACUAUGGCAACAUAAUCAUCAUUGACUCUCAAAAAGGAGAGCAGAUUGGUUCUUAUUUUGGCAGUGUUGUGUGCUCUGUUGAUAUCAAUGGAGACUCCAUAACAGAUGUGCUUUUGGUUGGUGCACCAAUGUUUAUGAAUAAUUUUAAAAAAGAGGAAGGAAGAGUCUACAUGUUCACAGUCACAAAGGGAAUUUUGGACAAACGAGAAUUCCUUGAAGGUCCUGAAGGACUGGAAAAUGCUCAGUAUGGAUCUGCUAUCACUGCUGUUUCUGAUAUUGAUCUGGAUGGUUUUAAUGAUGUGAUAGUUGGAGCACCAUUAGAAAAUGAGAAUACUGGUUCUAUAUACAUUUAUAAUGGUAAACAAAAGACUUUACGUACUAAGUAUUCCCAGAAAAUUUCUGGAUCAAGCCCCGCAUUUGCUCAGCAAUUCCAGUAUUUUGGAAGAUCAGUAGAUGGCCAUAUUGAUUUAAAUGAUGAUGGAAUUACUGAUGUAUCUGUGGGUGCCAGUGGAAAUGUGAUUCAACUCUGGUCACAGAGUAUAGCCAAUGUGACUUUACAUGCUUUAUCUACUCCUACGAAGAUCAGUCUGCAGAACAAGAACACAGAAGUAGAUUUAAAUAUAUGUUUUGGUGUAACUUUUAGACCUAUCCAUAGGAGUGACAAAGUGGAUAUUAGAUACAACCUAACUUUGGAUGCGGAUCUCUUAUCUUCACGCGUUAUCUCUAGAGGAUUAUUUAAAGAAAACAAUGAGAGGUCUCUGCAGAGUAGUAUCGUAGUCCACCCUCUGAAGACAUGUGUGAAUCAUACUUUUAACGUGCAGACUCCUUCUGAUGCUAUUGACUCCCUUAACGUGCGUAUUGAUAUUGCGCUGAAGAACCCCAACUCAAGCCCUGUUCUUGAUAAAACAUCUCCUACCACUCUUGUUUACAGCAUACCAUUUGUCAAAGAUUGCGGUGAAGAUGAAGUUUGCAAGACAGAUCUCAUUCUGGAAGUUGAACAGAAAAACAUUGGAAACAACAAACAGUAUUUUCUUGUUACCAGUAAAAACAAAAGACUGACAUUUGGCGUGAAGUUGAAAAACAUGAAUGAAAAUUCAUACAACACCAGAAUUCAAGUGGCUUUUUCUGAAAACUUGUUUUUUGCUUCAUCUUUUUCAGUGGUGGAUGAAAGCGAAGUUUUAUGUCAGAUGGCAGUUGUCCAUCAUCUUGUUGUCUGCCAAAUCAGCUAUCCUGUUUUUAAAGGAGGGCAAGAGGUAUCCUUUGAUAUUAAUUUUGACUUCAGUUUGAAAAUCCUUCAGAAUGUGGCAGUAUUACAUUUUCAAGCUUUGAGUGCAAGUAAUGAAGAAGAUUAUACAAACAAUCAGGUGAACGUAACACUUCCACUUCGUUAUGAUGCAGAAUUUCACUUAAUGAGGUUUACCAGUAUGGACUACUAUGAAGUAUAUUCUAAUCAUAACGUUUACACCAUGGUGAAUAAUUUUGAUGAAAUUGGACCUGUAUUUAAUUUUUCAGUUAAGGUCAUAAGAGGAAGUAAUCCAAUCAAUAUGGCAAUUUUAAAAAUUCAUAUUCCUAAUCAAACUAAGGAAAAUAACCCUUUGAUGUAUGUGACUGCAGUCCACACCAGUCAGGGCAGUGACAUCAACUGUCAUGGACUCAUCAAUCCACAUAAAAUUGGAUCACAAGGCUCUGUUGCAUCAUUUCAGAAAGAAAACUUCAAAGAUUUGAAAGAAUUGAACUGCAAGAACGUCAGAUGUGAUACAAUCACGUGCAUGCUAAAAGAUAUAUCCAUGAAACCUGAAAAUUAUGUUAAUAUUUCUACUAGAAUCUGGAAUGGGACAUUUGCAACUUCAGCCUUCCAGAAAAUAGAAUUAUCUGCAAGUGCCGAAAUUGACGCCCAAGAUUCCGAGUUAUUUAUAACAGGAGAAAGCACUUUAUCUAUUCCAAUUACAAUAAUCAAACCUGAUGAGAAAGCAGAAAUACCCAUUGGAAUUGUAAUAGCAAGUGUCCUUAUAGGUCUUCUCUUGCUAAUAAUUAUUAUUGCUGUUUUAUGGAAACUUGGUUUCUUCAAGAGAACAUACAAGAAAAUGGAAACAGAUUUGGAAGACAUGGAUGAGAUUACAGGACUUACUCAGGACAGAGAGUAAACAUAGCAGAAAUAUUCCUGAAUGUACGAAUCUUGAGCCACAAGCAGUGCUUGCAAUCACACUGUUUAAUUUCUACGAGUGCCUUAUAAAAAAGUUUUACAUUUUUAUAAGUUAUAUUAUACAUAUAACUGCUGGUCGGUUUGGGCUUUUGUUUACAGUUGUAUAAAGAUUUUGUUUUUGUAUAUUUUGUACUGUUAAUGAUGGAUCCUCUGAAUUGGCGGGGCCAGAAAUAAUGCUGAAAUUUGCCAGCAAUACCGUUUUGUAUCCUUGAUGUACAUGUGGAAUAGUUUAUCUUUAUUUACCAGUAGCAGGACCUGUUAUUUUCAUCCUGCAGUCAAAAUCUGUCCUUGAGUUACUCAAAACUUUACACACAUUGAGCAGUGCUAGCUCCUCACAAUCAGUAUCUGCAUUCGGAUAUUACAUUAAACCAUAAAUUGGUCUGUUUACUCUCUUGUGACUAAAUGUGACAUGUGAAUAUGACCAUUGUAGCUUAGCACAGAAUUGCUCAAGAGUACACAAUUAUUUGUAGUUCAUUGUAGCACCAAAGAAAGGAUAGCACUUAUUAAUUUAAUUCAGGCAUUGUCUAAAAAAGUUGUAGAUAUGAUUGCAAAGAUUACUAAAUGCUUUAGGGUAAUAUUGUAUGGACAUAGAAACAUGUCUUACAAUAUGAGCAUGAUUUGGCUUAGUACUGGUUCCAUACCCAAGAUGCAACAGUAAACUGUACAUUCAUCUGGACACACUAUUACAGACCAGCCUGGGUAUGUAUGAUGAAGAUUGGUGUCAGCUCCAGUACUUAGAGCAGUCCAGGAAAUCAACUCUGUAAGAAGACUAAAACUACCUUUACUGAGAUUGUAAGAGUAUUUAUAAGAGCAUCUUACAAGCCUAAUUGGGUUGUACCUUGCUCUCCUUAUAGAUCUGUGAAUUGAGGAGGCAUCUAAACUUGCGAUGUUAUCUGGCUGUUUGGAACUGUAAAAAAUGCUUUGGUUUCUUUUGCCUAAGUAACAAUUCUGUUAAGAUCAUCUUUCACUCAGUACAUUCACUUGGUCUGGCCAAAAUACCACAUGGUAUUUUUAAUCAGAAAAACAAGACAGCAGAUUUUCCUUUUUAUGGGAGAUAUUCUUUUAAUAAAGUGGAAUAUCUCUUCAUUAUUAUGACUCUAAAGAAGGUAAACUGCAAGAUUAAACUGCAAAUUUUCUCACCUGGAUACAGAGCAUAUAUGAAGAAUGGAAACUGAUAAUGGUAAAUGGGCUUAACACCAGAAAGAUAUAUUCAAGUGAAGUUUUCCAUAAUUAUCUUUGGUUGGAUAUAGAGAGAAAUGUACAAUCUAUAAAAUAUUCCAACAGCCUACCAGAACUAUGGGAAAAACAGAAAAAAUACCAACCCAGUCUAAUCACCCCUUGUUUCAAUACUGAAUAUUGUAAAAAUAUUGUCUUGUAUGAUCACUGCAUUAAGAAUAGACCUUCUAAAAUCAUGUAGCAACAUUCAUGAAUCAUUCAUUCUAAUUGGUUUUAUUAUACUGGUUAUCUUUGUUAAUUAUUGAAUACUGAUUUAAGUGCUAUAUGUGACUAAUCAAAUGCCACUUUGAAAUUUUUAAUUAAGUUUUAUACAACAUGUAAACCUCUUACGCUUUUUAGCUCUUUUUCCAGGUGGUGCUUUCAAAUAGCUCUAGAAAUAUGUAAACAAACAAUAAAAAGAAACUCAGUUUCUUUUCAGGGUUUUAAGGAGCAGUCAGGUUUCUGAAGAAGUAAAUGUUAUAAUCUAGUCACCAGUUUCCGGAAUUCUCACACGUAUACCAGCCAAAAAACCCUUAGCAACUACAUUUGAGACUGGCAGCUUGGUUGUUAAGCAGAGUGGUUACCGAGUUAAAAAUCACAUGACCGUGAUGUGCUUAUGAUUUUACAUAGGACUGUGCAUACUGACUGACUGUAAUACCAAACAUGAUUUAGAGAGAUGUUGCAGUCACAAAUGUGAUUUUUGGUGCAAAGUUACUUUUCCAACAAAGUCGUAACUGCAAGCUGCAGCUGCUUGAGGAAGUUGCUAAGCAAGAGUUACUAGUAGUUUUCUAGAUCUUUUCAGAAUUUUUUUAAAAAAUCAUUUAAAAAUUUUUUUUAAACAAUUCAGCACCAAUUGUUCUUUUCAAUUACACUUUUUAAGCUGGCAAAUCUGGUAGAAACAUGCAGUUUUCUAAGAUGUGUAGUUUUUUUUAAAUGUGGUUUUAUAAUAAAGAUUCCAAAGAGCACUGCUUUAAUGGGAUUUGAAGCAUAUUAAAACUGUCAGACAAGAAAUAGCUGGAUUUUUAAAAAUUAAAUAUUAAUAUUCUGAGAACAGGAGCAAAUUGUAUGCUUAAUUUCCUCCUGCAUAUCUUCAGUAUCGUGCAAAUUCUUUCACUCAUUUACAAUAUUAUUUAUCCAUUAAGUUUGUUCUUGAUUAUCAUUACAUGUAGUUAAAUCUUCAAACCCAUCCUUCAGAACCCAUUACAUUAUUCUUUAAGAGGAACAUUUUAAUUUUGGAACUGGGAUGUUCUGAUGGGCAAUCAUGUUAUUCUGCCUAGCUGCAGCCAUUUGUGCCAGUUUCUGCACUUUUGACUAAUAUCAGAAGCAUAUAUGCAUCUUUCACUUACACACUUACACAGCAAUAAACUCUAUUGACUAUGGUAAGGCAUAACUUCUGAAUGACUCAAGUCUGUAAACACUGGAAGAUAUGUAGUCUUACUUGUAAUAUAUUACCUCUAUUGAAAAUAUCUAAUAAAUUAUGUUUACUUUUGUUUAACACUGGCUGAAAUACAGGAAGCUCUUUUUAAACUUCAGUUUGUUUGCAUUGGGAAGAAAAUCACUUGAGUUCCCCUCCAGCCUAAGAUAACUACGGUAACUUGAAGACUGGUUCAGUAUGUCUUUACAGAUCCCAACAGCAUUAAUACAGAUGUUCAUGAUGAAUUUUAAUUACCAUUCUACUUGAGUCAAGUGUUUUCACUGCUGUUAGAUACGAUGUAGAAAAUAUUGCUUUCUGUAAUACAUUCAUAUCCGGCACAAAAAUGUUACACAUUUUCACUCCUAGAAUCAUGUUUCAUAGAACAAGACUGGCAAAAAUGUAGCCAGCUUAUGUGAACUCAACUGCUGUGGUUAAUUUAAAGUUCAGGCACAUUGGUUCAAUAAAUAAUAGUUUGUGCUCUUUUAUAAUAUUGUAGAAUGUAUGCUACAAUUUUUUACUUUUCUUUUUGUUAAACUUUUUUACUUUAUUUUUUUACGUUUACUUUAUUUUUGUUAAAAAAAAUAAUUCAGUAAAUAGGGGUAUUGUACAAAGCCUUUAUGUGUAUUUUGCACUUUGUACCAAAACAAAUGAAUAUACUGGAGAUUGUGUUCUAAAGAAAGAUGAAUCCUGUUGAAUAAAUUUUGAAACCAUCCCA